UUUGCAGAGGUUGGCGUGGAGAAAGAUUUGCUAAUGCUCAAAUUGGAGAAUGGGAGAUAGCCCAAUCAGCGCACUUCAACUGCUCUCUGUUCCAAGUGAUGAGGAAGUGAGUAGUCUGGAUCCAGAAGUGGCUACAGAUCAGGUUCUCAGCGGACUACUAGCAUACGAAGCACUGUUGUUUGAGGAACUAGAAGCUGUUUCACGAGUAAGGAAGAAACUGGUGAAAAUCAAAAACGCUGGUCACAAAACCCCUUACCUCCUGGUCCGAAAAAACGUCCGUAGUAUCGAAGCGAUCGAAGAUCUCCACAAGAAAUCCGAGAUGAAGUGUGCGUCUAUUAUAGCGGAUUGGAGGAAGGCAGGAUUAGACCAAACAAGUCGUUAUGGAAUCCUUUCCGACCACAACGCGGUAACCGCUUCGUCGUCGGCUACUGAAGACGAACUAAUCACUCUUGACUAUACCUCGGACGAAAAUAACUGCAGCGAGGCCCGCGCUAGUGGAUCCAAAUCCCAAACUGAAAUGACAAGAGCACCGGAGAGAGAAGCGGGGUGUGGCCAUGAAAACUCAAAUACAUCCUCGCCGAGUUGUUCUCGUGCCUCAGAUACAGAAAAUGUAAGAGGUACACCCUCAAAGAGCGGCCUUCAAGAAAGUGUGCAGAUCAGCGAGAUUGGUAGUCAAGGCGGAGAAGGAGAGAUCAAGAGGAUUGUCAUCAGCAGCAGUGCAAGUGACAGUGAAGAUUUGGCGCCAUGUCUUCGCAUCGAAAACGUACCGAUGGAGAUAACAGCAGAUGAUUGUGCUCCCGCUUGUGCCACUGCACCGUCUUUGUCUCGACAAGGCUCAUCAUCGAGUCUUUGUAGCGAAGACCUCCUAGCUGAGACGGGCUCAUUUCGCCCAAAAUUGAUCAAAUUUGAUAACGUGGAUGAGACAGAUGUUCGUAUCCUCAACACUGGUGAUAUUGUUUUGAAAGGAGUUGUGUUUGCCGCGGAGACUAUUGGCCUAAAAAAGGACACAGCAAAAAAACCGAAAAUGGAAGUCGUGGAAGAUGCAGAGAAUGACGAAGAAAUGACAGACGAAGAGGUCGUAGACGUUGUUAGUGAUGAGGAUCUUGAAAUGCAGGAACUUAUUAGGCAAGAAAAACGCGCUCGUUCGGGUAAACCACCGAAGGAGAAGAAGAAGCGGCCAAAAAGAAACAAAAGCGACGAUGUUGUUGCCGACGAAGAUGCGGACCGUCUUCUGCGAAAUGCUGAUGCUCUCCUUCAUGAAACACCUGGUGACAGAGUCCGUAGUGAAGACGGUGACGACUCGGAUGAGGAAAUAGAAGAGGUUACCAAUGCUAAUACGAAGGAAGAACUCAAAGCAGAAAAACUUGGCAAUAAGUGCAAUGGUACAUCCAUUUCGAAGAAAGGCCGCGGUGGGUUAAAGAAGGAUAAACCCGAGAAGGAGAAGAGGAAUGAAGAUGUGAAAAAGAAUGGAGAAAAGUCUAAAGAACUGGAUAAGAGUGGUGAUUCGUCGUCAGAGGACGAACCUGUUGUCAAGCGUCACAGAUUGUCGAAGAAAGAGAAGGAGUUAGCUGAUCUGGUAUCGUCUGCACAGAGACUCAUCCGCUCUUCCUCAAGUGAAGAUGAUAGCAUCAAGAAGGAGUCUCAUGCAAAGGGGAAUAAGAGGCGGAAAGUUGUAUCAUCUGAUUCGGAUGCGAGCGUGCAUGAAUCAUCCGAAUCAGAAGACGAAAAUAAUAGCGAGGAUGAUGACAGUGAUGAAAUUAUAAUCAAGAGACCGAAGUCAAAAAGAAGGAAGACAGUCACAGAUGAAGAAGAUUCCGAUGAUGAAGUUCUUUCGAAGGAAAAGAAGGGUAAACUGACACGGGCACCUAAGGGUAUAAUGGGAAGCGACAAGUUGCAAAAGGAGACAUUAGAUGCAGAAAAGGCCGAAAGAGAGCGAAGGAAGCGUCUGGAACAGAAGCAGAAAGAAUUUAACGGAAUCGAGUUGAUGGAAGGUGUCGAUAUAGCCUCUGCUCUCGUCAGUGGUACGAAGACUGUACAAAAGCUGAAGUCUGUCGUUGUCGAUCCAGAUAAAAAUGGCGAUCCACCGGUUCCUGUUUCAGUUCAUCCAUCUUUGGUUCGAGUUCUCAAGCCGCACCAGGCUCAAGGAGUGCAGUUCAUGUACGACAGUGCGUUUGAAUCCCUCGACAGAUUGGAGGAGGAAGGAGGAGGUGGUAUUUUGGCCCACUGUAUGGGACUUGGAAAGACACUGCAGGUCAUCACUUUCCUUCAUAUGAUAAUGACACAUCCUAAGCUCGUGGAGUAUAGCAAAAGAGUACUAGUGGUAGUUCCAAAGAAUGUGGUCUUGAACUGGUUCAAAGAAUUUCAAAAGUGGCUUGAAGAUAAUGAUCCCGAUCUAGCCGUCAUAGAUGUAAUGGAGCUGGACUCCUUCAAAACAUACAACGAUCGGCAUUUGGCUUUGAAAAACUGGUAUCACUGUGAAGUUCCUUCCGUGAUGAUCAUAGGGUAUGAUAUGUUUCGAAUCUUGACUCAUGACGAUGAAGAUAACAAGAAGAAACGGGGUGCACCUAAAAAGCCACCUUCAAAAAGAAAUAAACGGCUAUUGAAACUGCAGGAACAGUUCAGAGAAUAUUUGCAAGAUCCUGGUCCUGACAUAAUCGUGUGCGACGAAGCACACAAGCUGAAGAAUGACGAAUCUGCUCUAUCUAAAACAAUGGUGAAAAUAAGAACGAGGAGGAGGAUAUGUUUAACAGGCACACCUUUGCAGAACAAUCUUAUGGAAUAUCACUGCAUGGUAAAUUUUGUGAAACCUGGACUUUUGGGCACAAAAACAGAGUUUGCCAAUAGAUUCGCUAAUAUUAUCAUGCGCGGUCGCGUAAAGGAUGCUACACCCUUGGAAGUGAAGUUUAUGAAAAGGCGAUGUCAUGUGUUGUUCGAGCAUUUGAAGAAGUGUGUCGAUCGCAAAGAUUACCGAGUUUUGAUGGAAGCUAUACCGCCGAAACAGGAAUAUGUGAUCAAUGUGCGAUUGACUGCACGCCAAUGUGCAUUGUACAGGGCCUUCCUAGAAGGCGUCGUCAAUGAUGGUUCACGGUUAUCCAAACGGUUACUGCCUGAUUACCAUGUUCUGUCUCGGGUCUGGACUCAUCCGUACCUGCUUAUUCUCCAUGAACAGAAGCAGGAAAGAGAGCGCAUGCUUCGCGACGAGACUUUGGAGGAUGAAGAAUUUAUCGAUGAUGGCUCUGGAACGACAUCUGAGUCAGAAUCAGAGGAAGAGGAAGAGGUCAAGAUUAAGAAGCGACCGAAAAAGAAAGGUCGUGGAAAAUCGAAAGAAAGCGAUAGCGAAAGCGAUGUUGUAGUGCUGUCUUCUGACGAUGAAAAUCGAUCUGCCGCAGAUGAGAAGAUUGUUUCGAGAAAAUCACGAAGGCUUGAAGGUGAAGACCCUGAAAUGGAAGGUCGCGAUGUCGAAACUCCUCCAGAGUAUAGUGGCUGGUUCACCCGCUGUGGUCUUGUUUCUUCCUCUGAUCGAGAUGAUUUUACACUGAGCAACAAGUUGGUCCUUCUCAUACAGAUCCUGAAAAAAUGUGAAGAAAUUGGCGAUAAAUUGCUUGUUUUCUCUCAGUCUUUGGAAUCCUUGGGUUUGAUCAAAAGAACGCUAGAAUAUUUGGACGAGACCAGACAAUGGUUUUCUGAUGGUCAUGAAGCAAUAAAAGCUGAUGGAGAGAAGUGGGGUUGGAAAGAAGGUCGCGACUACAUGGUUAUCGAUGGUUCUGUUCAAUCAGGAAAACGGGACACCGUACAAGUAAAAUUCAACAAUCCAAGUAAUUUACGAGCAAGAUUGAUGUUGAUAUCCACUCGCGCGGGUUCGCUUGGAACAAACAUGGUCGCUGCAAAUAGAGUGAUAAUUUUUGAUGCAUGCUGGAACCCAUCUCAUGACACACAGUCGCUUUUCCGUGUCUAUCGAUUUGGUCAAACUAAGCCGGUCUACAUAUAUAGAUUCAUCGCACAAGGCACAAUGGAAGAACGGAUCUACAAGCGGCAAGUAACAAAGGAAUCAACUUCAAUGCGGGUUGUCGACGAGGCUCAGAUUCAACGACAUUAUGAUGGCCAUGAUUUAGAAGAACUUUACUUGUUCAAUCCUAACGAACUGGAUGAAAAUGAUUCUCAAUCAAGACCAAGUUUUGCCCCGCCUAAGGAUCGUCUUCUUGCCGAAAUUCUUCUGUCCAACAAGGAUUCGGUUGUGGAUUACUUUCAACACGACACCUUGUUCGCUCAUGUUGAAGAAGAAAAACUAACCGAAGAGGAACUGAAGGAGGCUUGGGAUGAUUACGAACGCGAUAAGAACAUGAGCGCUUAUGGGCGAGCAGGGCAACUUGGUGCUACGGGAUUCAGUGGUCUUGGGAAUCUGGGUAUGAAUCCUAUGGCUGCUUACCAACAAAUGCAGCAGCAACUUGUGCGCACUCAGGCUUUACAACAGCUUAAUCGUGAUGUUGUAUAUAUCAACUGUUUCAAUAUUCCACUCAUGGACCAUGAUACUGCUAUGAAGGUCACAUAUUUGAAAAAAGCACUCGAGGACUUGCUGCCGCAGAUUCCUCACGAAAUGCGCGGUGGUAUAUCGGAAUUCAACUCAUAUUUCAUCAACUUUAUAACGCAAGCGGUGGAAGGCCGACAUAACGCUGCAUGGAUGUUAAGCAGAGCAGUGUCAACGUUCCGAACUGUAGUGAAACUGGUGAAAGAUCAACCGAGUUGCAAGCAAAUUCUACGUCAACUUUACGCUAGUACCAGUCAGUUUUUCGAUCCCAUGGAAACUCCUCCUUGAUGCUAUCCUUACUUGUCUAUCUCACUCAUGAUUACAGUUCAACAGGUGCAUUGUUUCAAUAGUGCAAGUAAUUUAUAUGUUUGUUCUAUUCUAUCGCAUGCCGCCAUCUGUCAACUUGUUCAAUUCAAUAUGGAGUAGUUCAUUCCAAUUGUUCCCCCAACCCGUCUUCCUUCCUGUUCAUGAGCAUGUCCCAUACUUCCUGUGCUUGCUUGUACCAAUAUAGACAAUUUUGCGUAGAGUUCGUCGGUGAGGGGUACGCUUAGAUCGUGUGUUAUCUCAAAGAUCUCUUGAUUAGUCGAUUUAUUAUCUUCGCUAAUCAAAUAAAUGUAUUCCUUUA